UCUCUGUGUGAAAGAGUUCUGUCCCCAGUGUCGUGAGAGUUUAGUUCCAUACACUGUCAGAAUGGCAGAGGGGACACUGCUCCACAUUUUGUUGGUUUGUGUUUUCUGUAGCUGUUGCGCCCAAAUAUUCAACAACCCAAACCGAGAACGGAUGCGACUGAGUCCAUGGGAUCGCCGCCGAUUUGGAUAUAUGGACCUUGACAUGUAUUUUGAUCUUCAUGAUAGAAGAAAUCCAAAAGACCACACCAGUCUGGAACCAAGGUUCAUCCUCCUAGCCCCUAACAUUCUGAGAACAGACAGUGAGGAGUCAAUCUAUUUAGAAUCCCAUGGCCUUAACAGCCCUGUCACCGUCACCAUAACAGUCCUCAACUACCCGGAGAGGAGGUACCAGCUCCUGCAGGACACCGUCACACUUGGCCCGGCGAACAGCUACCACACCCUCAAGAUCAUAAAGCUCCCCUCCGAGCGUCUGGACAAGGGGAAUGAGGAGUCGUCCAGGAACCAGUAUGUGUAUGUGAAAGCAGAGUUUGGGGGCUACCACGAAGCUGAACAGGCUGUUCUGGUCUCCUUCCACUCUGGAUACAUCUUCAUCCAGACAGACAAGCCCCUCUACAAACCUGGAGACACUGUACUCUGCAGGGCCUUUGUGUCUACACCUACCUUCCAGGCCUUCAACAGCUCCAUCACCAUUGAAUUCCAGAAUUCAGACGGCGUCGUAGUGAAACAGACCUCCAGGACCAGAGCUAACAAUGGAAUCUUUGCUGAUACUCACGUUCUACCUGACAUAGUCAAUGAGGGAACGUGGAAGAUCAUUGCAAAAUUUGACAACUGGCAACAGAACAAGUUCAGUAGUGAGUUUGAGGUGAAGAAAUACGUGCUGCCUGCUUUCAAUGUCACACUGACUCCCAAGAAACCCUUCCUCCGUCUGGAUGAUACUGAGCUGGUGGUGGAGAUCACAGCCAGCUACCUGUAUGGUGAAGAUGUCCAGGGAACGGCCUACGUGAUGUUUGGGGUGGAGGUGAACAAGGAGAAGAGGAGGUUACCAUCGGUCAAGCAGGUCACCAAUCUGCAGCAUGGCACCGCUACAUUGACCAUGGAGGAGAUCAGGAAGGCCUACCCCGACCUCAGCUCCCUGGUUGGAAGCUCUAUUUACGUCAAGGCCUCAGUGCUGACCAAAUCAGGCAGUGACCUGGUGGAGGCAGAGAAGUCUGGUAUUAAGAUAGUGAAGUCCCCUUACGUCCUCUCCUUCAUAGAAACACCAAAGUACUACAAGCCUGGCUUGCCCUUCGACGUCAUGAUCCAGGUGAGUUUCCAGGAUGGUUCCCCGGCUCAUAAUGUCCCGGUCCAGGUGAGCCUCCUGGCCAACCCAAUCACCAGCCACCGUGGCACCAUCAGGACCGCCAUCAACAUGCCUGCUGAGCUAGGCCCUCAGAUCAUCACUGCUGAGACCAAACAGACGGGCCUACAGCCAGAGCAGCAGGCCAGACAGCAGAUGACCCUUCACCCCUACACACCCUUUGACCGACAGAGACAGAACUACCUGUAUAUCUCCACUGGGACCACCACAGUCUCUCUGGGGCAGAGCCUUGGCCUCAGUCUACACAUCAACACUGCUGACGAGGCCCACAGGGAACUCAUCACUCACCUCACAUACCUGGUGUUGAACAAGGGCAAAAUCAUCGUUGCCAAGAGACUAGAGGUCGGAGGUCAGGACAUGACCAACGUUCUGUUGACCGUUACCAAGGAGAUGAUGCCCUCAUUUCGCGUUGUGGCAUUCUACAUGCUGCCGUGGGCGGGGACUUCGGAGGUGGUGGCUGAUUCUGUGUGGGUGGAUGUGGAGGAUGCCUGUGUUGGGGCGUUGAGUGUUGGUCCAGCUGGCUCCAGGCCCUUAGAGUACUACCACCCAGGGAGAGGGUUCAACUUCCAGGUGAGAGGAGACCCAGGAGCCAUGGUCAGUCUGGUGGUGGUGGACAACGCUGUGUUCCUGCUCAACAGACAGAGGCUCACACAGAGGAAGAUCUGGCAGGUGGUGGAAGGGGGGGACAUAGGCUGUACCCACGGUGGGGGCAGCAACAGCAUGGGUGUCUUCACUGACGCUGGACUACUGUUUUACUCUAACACUGGUGGAGCCACCUCUUCUAGACAAGGCAUGCAGUGCCCAGGGAGGUCCAGAAGGAGGCGCUCUGCUGAGAUGUUGCAACGCAGAACUCUACUGGAGAACCACUACAGAGAGAAGCUGUUGCGUCAGUGUUGUAAGGAUGGCCUGAGAGAGAUCCCCAUGCCUUACUCCUGCACCCGACUCCUCUACAUCACUGAGGGAUGGGAAUGUAUCAAGGCCUUCAGGUACUGCUGCUCCAAGUACAGGGGAGAGGAGUUUGACACCAGACUACCCCCUACCACCACCAUACCCCCCACCACCACCAUACCGCCUACCACCACAGCUCUACUCAGGCUGACCCUGGACAGACGCAUUUCCCCCCAGAUACAUAGCAAACAAUUUGUCAAUUAUGGGAUUUCAAGAGGUGAAGAAAGAUUGGGCCUUCCAGUGAUAAUGGGAUCCAAACCUGUUCUGGAAGGACAGAGAGGGUCUUUUGCUGAGGAAGAGGAGGAGGAAGAGGAGGAUGACUUUAUGGAGGAGAGUGAUGUGAUAGUAAGGUCUAAGUUCUAUGAGUCAUGGCUGUGGAAAGACCUGCCGCUGCCCAGUGUUCCUGAGGACAGCAGAGACGGGUUGUCAACGCUGCAUGUGGAAUCCAUCUUCCCAGACACGAUCACCCAGUGGGGGGUACUAGCCAUCAGCUCCUCACCUGUAACAGGUUUCUGCGUAGCCGAGCCAUGGAACGUGCGUGCGUGGAAGCGUUUCUUCGUGGACCUGAAGCUGCCGUACUCAGUGGCGAGGAACGAACACGUGGAGAUCAAAGCUGUGCUCCAUAACUAUGGCAACGAGGACAUGGAGGUUAAGGUGGUGCUACUGAAGACAGAGGACAUGUGCAGUGUGGCGUUCAAUGGGAAACACACCCAGGAGGUGAGGUUGAAGGGCAGCUCGUCCCUGGUGGUUCCCUACACCAUCAUACCGCUCAAGGCCGGAGAGAUGCUACUGGAGGUCCUUGCCAUGGCCAAAGGGUUUAUGGGUAGCGACGGGGUCAAGAAGAAGCUACGCGUGGUGGUGGAAGGAGUGCAGAAGACUAAAGUACAGAGUUUUGUAUUGAAUCCUUCUGCCAAGGGAGGGAAUGAUGGGAGGCAGGUAGUGGAGGUGAACAAAGUGGAGCUGGGCUCCCUGGUUCCAAACUCUCAACCAGAGACAUUCAUCAACAUCAGGGGUAACCUGUUGGCUGAUACCAUAGACAACAGUAUCAGCGGUGACUCGCUGGCCUCUUUGAUCCGUAUGCCUGGUGGCUGUGAACAGAACCUCGCCAGCAUCACCCUGCCUCUUAUAGCCACUGUCUACCUGGACCAUUCCAACGACUGGGAGGCUGUAGGGGUGCAACGCAGGGUGGAGGCCAUGAACUACAUACAGAAAGGCUACCAGAAGCAGCUGGUGUAUAAGAAGAAAGACGACUUACCCCCCUACAGGAAUGAAGGCACAAGCACAUGGAUCACAGCGUAUGUAGUGAAGGUGUUCUCUAUGGCUCGUCAGCUGAUAGGAGUGAGUGAACAGGAUGUGUGUGGUCCUCUCCUCUACCUGCUCAACAACAAACAGCAGACCACUGGAUCUUUCAGAGAGGACAACCCUGUCUACACUACUACUAUGACAGGUGGAGUACAAGGUGCAGAGUCUCAGUCCACUCUGACAGCCUUUGUCCUGAUAGCCAUGACUGAAGCCACCAAGGGUACAGAACUCAACUGCAAUGGAGCUGGCCACACCAUCAAGAAUGGGAUCCAGAAUGCUGCCAACUAUCUGAGGAGCACGUAUGGUAGUCUGAAGAGGCCCUACUCUCUGGCCAUCUCUGCCUACGCUCUGUCUCUGGUUGACGAGACACCUUCAAUGUUCUUAAAAACCCUGCUACUCAAAGCUGCCUCUCCAGACGGUACCCAUUGGCCAGACAGUGAGAACCGCCUGUUCACUCUGGAAGCGACGGGCUACGCCCUGCUAGCCCUGGUGAAGAGUCGUCACAUGACUGAAGCCGCCGCACCUUUCCAGUGGCUCAAUGAGCAGCGCCGCAGGGGCGGGGGCUACGGAUCCACCCAGCCCACCAUGGUUGUUCUGCAGGGUCUGUCUGGGUACCUGAUAAAGAAACCUCCCAAUGACCUGAGUCUCCAGGUGGACCUGAGCAUCCAGGGCCGCAGCGACCAGCGCUACCACUUCGACCCCAGGACCUCCUACGUGGCACGCUCCUCCAGGGCUCCUAUAGACCAGGGAUUCAGAGUGGAGGCCAAAGGGAAGGGACAAGGUAUACUAGAGGUGGUGACCUACUACAACGAGCUCCCUGAGGUGCAUGAGAAGAGCAGCUGCAAGAACUUUGAUUUGGACGUGACCAUCGCAGAAUCUAGUGAAAAGCCUCCACCAGAUGCAGAGAAGUCCUACACGAUCACUAUUAAUGUCAGGGCACUGGGACUAAGGGAGGUCAGGAUGGUUGUUCUGGACAUCAGUCUUCCUACUGGGUUCGUCCCAGAGAAUGAAGAUCUGGAGAUGCUGACCAACUCAGUGGACCGUUACAUCAACAACUUCCAGAUAGUGGACAACCUGAGUGACAGAGGCUCCCUCAUCAUCCACCUCUUCAAGGUGUCCAACAAGGAGACUGAGACCAUCAUCUUCCGACUGCAGCAGACGUUCAAAGUGGGACUCCUCCAACCUUCAUCUGUCACUGUCUAUGAGUACUACAACCCAGGUAGAUACUGUCUACGAGUACUACAACCCAGGUAGAUACUGUCACUGUCU